UACGGCGAGGUUUGAUUACAUCACUGAGUGUAUUAGCUUGUGUUAUGUAGCUUAGCUUGUUUGCUAACGAGCACCGAUAGCAGAAGAACAUGGAACACUUUAUGUUUUAUUUGUUUGUUUGUUUAUUUUAAAACAGUACACAGCCACAUUUAGUACAUCAAUGCAAACAGCUUAAUUUCCUGCACAUUGCUAACUACAAGACUUCAUCUGGUUUUGUUGUGGUUAUCAUCUGAUUUACAAGCUAAUGAACUGUUAUUGUUUAAUAGUUUGUUUAUUCGUUUUAUGUUAUGAAGGAAUGCUUCAUCCAUGUUGAUCCUGUGUCUUGUGAUUAGAAAAUGCCUUCAGCAGAGCAUGCGCAGAAGAGCUACCUUCCUCUGGCAGGACGUCCUGAUGGAUACAGCAACUAGUGCAUUCAUGUAUUACAAUAUAGUUUGUGUAGAAGGUGUUACUUCACUUUGUCACAUUUGAACAUGUCACAUCUAUGUUGAGGAAGUGUCUACAUUGUUCUAGAGCUGAGGCUUUGUAAAUUGUUAUGGUUGAGGUCAGGGAUCUUUGCGGCAGACUCAAGUUCUUCCUUCCACUCCAACAUCAGCAAACUAAUUGUUCACUUUGGAGUUUACUUUGUUAACCGGGACGCCGUCGUGUCCGAACAGGUGGAUCCUUUGUUUCCAGAGAAGGGAAACUGUCAUGGUAGCAUACAAAGACGUGUUACACAAAAUGUGUUACUUAUCUGCUUCAAACUAUGUGGCAACAAUUUGGGGAAGAACUACGUAUGGGUUUUAACGGUCAGGUUUCCAUAAAUGUUUGCUCAUGUAGUUUAUCUAUGGUGCAACUUUUUUUUUUUUCAUUGAAUCUGUUUCAUCUGUUCUUUUCUGGUCUGUUCGUUUUUAGGCAUUUGUCUUAGUAAUAAUAUCAAGAAACAGAAUCGGGUCAACAAAUUUAUUUCUGCCUGCGAUGUCGUGCUAAAAACUGCCAGUGAUCUAGAAGAAAUAAAGCCAAAUAAUAGAACAUAUCCUUAUGCUUAUACUCUGAAAUAUUUAGCUAUUAAAUUGAAGAAAUAACAAGAUAUUAGUGUGUAAAACUGUUCUGAGUGAUUACUGCAGCUGUGAGCACUCUGUGUUUGAGGGACACGGAUAUUUUGUUAUGUUUUUGAUGUUUGUUCAGUCUUCAUGUUCAUUUCCAUUUCAGAGUUCUUCCAGUCGCUUAUGAGGUUAAAGGUUCCCCUUUGAGAGAUCUCCUAAUCAUCAUAUUCAUAUGGAGUAGUAGUUCUAUGAAAACAGUAUUUAAAUCUUAAAUCUGCCCUACAAGCUUGUGUCUAAUCAACCGAGCGUGGGCCGAUAAACCUGUCAGUGCAUCUCUUUUGUUUUGUAGCGUUUAUUGUGUUGAGUUACGAUGCUUCAGUUUUCACCAUACAGAAAAUGUCAUUUAUUAAGUCCCUGGAUUUUUUCUCAUUUCUUUUUCUCACCCUUUUCCUGAUGGAUCCUUUAUUGCCCAUGUGAUAAGAGAAUUUUUGCAUUAUAAUGUUUUUUUGUUUGUUUUGCUAGUGUUAUGUGGUAUCUAAAGUUGGAGAUGUAAAGGGAAACAUAAAGGCAGUCAGCAUUGUUUAGCAUCCAGGAUAUGGAAGUACAUAAAUAAUGGAUGUGUCUGGCCCCGAGCACACAGGCAGUGUCUUAUUACAUGCAGUAGAGAAGUAGGGGAAAAAACCUUAAUUCUUGCAGUCCUGUUUUGUAGCUAGAUUGACAUGGCAUCCACAGUUUGAUCCUUUUACGCAAACCGAAGCAGCUUCACCGGACAUGGCUGUUAGGUGCAGCUUCCUUGCCUUUGGAUAUAAAGCAGUGGGUUUGGCCUGGUGAGAGUGACAGGUCAUGGCCAGUCAGUGCAGCAGUGUGGACUCGAGAGCCACGACAAGGCGUGUGGGCUCCGUCAACUCCACCCCAAUGUACACCCGCAUUGAUUCCUAUGAUGGCUUGGAAAAGAAGUGCAUCUCUGACCUCCGAAGAACCUUCUGCCUGUUUGUGACCUUUGACCUUCUCUUUAUCACUCUGCUCUGGAUCAUUGAGCUCAAUGUCAAUGGAGGAAUACAGGAACAGCUGAAAAAGGAGGUGCUCCAAUAUGACUACCACAGUUCCUUUUUUGACAUUUUUCUAUUGGCUGUGUUCCGUUUUGUCGCCUUGAUCUUGGCAUACGCUGUCUGUAGACUUCGCCACUGGUGGGCCAUCGCGAUGAUAACGGCGAUCACCAGUGGUUUCUUAAUUGCAAAAGUAAUUAUAUCAAAGCUGCUGUCUCAGGGGGCAUUCGGUUACCUGCUUCCCAUCACCUCCUUUAUCCUGGUGUGGCUGGAGACGUGGCUUCUAGACUUCAAAGUUCUACCACAGGAAGCCAUUGAGGAAAACAGGUAUCUAACAAUACAGAGUAUCUCAGAGACCGCUCCACUCAUCAUGCCAGGGCCUCACUCAGAUGGACCGUUCUACUCACCACCAGAGUCUGUUGCAGAUUCUGAUGAAGAUCUGGAUGACAAGCAGGACCUUGAGAAACCCAUCGUCUAGCAGGUGUUAGAAGGUGCACGUGUAUUGGAAUGUUCAUUAAGGCUGGGUCUCUGGGUUGCUCAGGAGUAAUCAGUACUGUGCCAGCUUUAAGGUCUCGGCGUGUGCGACCCUACCUUGAGCUGCAUUUUAAUUUCUGUGGGUUAUCUUCCAAGUGAUCUUAACAGCCACUCUUUUCCCAAGCUCUCUCUACUGUAACCCGUUUACACAGAACAAGUCAAUGAGCAUCAUGUUCAGCCAAAAUGGUGUUUCUAUAUUGCCUUUUGAUUUGCUCCUGAACAAAUAUCAAGGUUUAAAACGAACAAGUGUUUGCAUUUGCUUUUCCUGCACUUUGAUAUUUUCUCGAUCCACUUUUGUUUAAGGCUCUACAAUAGCAAAUGGCAGCAAUUGUGACUUCCUGGUGUCUUAUAUAACGAGGGCUGUAGACUCUUCUCAAUGCUUCUUGGGUUUAUAUAAUAUUUAGAUCACUAAAAUAAUCCUUAAUGUGUAAAUGUUCAUUAACUGGGGCUGUGACUGCAAUACCACAGAUUAUUUGGGGUGUUCAGAAUCGUAUUUAUUUAAAUUGUUCUUCAUGCUGUUUUAUUCAGUCACUAUUUUAACGUUUGCUGUCAGUCCUUGUAAACAUGUUAUAGGCAAUUAUAUUUUACCUGUAACAGGUUUGGGACAGUUCGCUUUACACAUAGAAUAACAUGCACCAUAAAGGGCUCUCAUGAUUCUGCAUGAUCAUCAGAACGAUCAUUUCACAUGCAUGUUGUCUGCCAGUAGACAUUACCAAAUACCACACGUGCAUUUAUUCAUAAGAAACUUUUUUAAGCAGUUGAUUUUUGAGUUGAUACUUUAGGCAAGAUCUUUUUGUAUGUGAGGGCUGUGUGAAACGAUCAGCCUUCGAGAUUUGGAAAUCAUUUUGUGCCAUUCUGCUUUUUUAUGUUAAAUCAUUAGUUUUAAUUAAAGUUUCUUUUCAUUUCA